AGAGCUGCUUCGAAUCCAAAGGCAUUUUGUUUUUGUUGUAAUUUUAACACCAGCAAAAGAUAAAGGUAUCUUUGAAUGUGCUGAAAAUACCAAGAAUUUAUGAGUUAGUCUCGAUUUACAUCGACAGUGAAUUGAUAUACGACUAUCAAGACAAAAUGGGCGACGAUAAUUCACUGGAUUCUAACGUAUCGACUUCACGUGCCAAUGAAGUUCAUAGUGUCUCAGGAAUGGAGACAACAGUUUGUCUUGUAGGAAAGAAAAACAUCGAAAAUGAAGAACUUAAAAAAGCUCUUGAGGUAUUAAACCUCAAAGUUAUCACAACAGAAGACACAAAGGAGACUUUAAAGACACUUGACGAUGAUGUUGAGACUGUCUUUGUYUGUGAUCCCUUUGAAGGAGAUGACUUCCUUAACUUACACAAAGAGGAACAAAGAAUUAUUGGACCUCCUAUUGUACUAUCAUGUGCCAAGAACAACCARCCACUUCCAUGYAAUUCCAGACCUCUGUAUUGYUCYACUAUGGCCAACCACAUYAUUUGUUUCACUGGAUUUAAGAAGAAGGAUGARAUGGGAAAGYUGUGUAAUUUGGUGCACCACAUGGGUGGUAGUAUUCGAGGRGAACUCAGUGGACGUGUCACUCAUCUUGUAGCUUGCUCAGUUCAUGGGCACAAGUAUGGGGCUGCUGUAAGYUURGGAAAACCCAUYAUGACAGURGAUUGGGUUUACACAUGCUGGGAGAAAAGAUUUGAAUUGGAUUUUUCUGGAUCAAAUCAAGAAAUGGAUAAGUUUAAAAUGGCACCUUUUUAUGGAUUGUGUUUGAGUUUUUAUGGCUUUUCGGAUGAGGAAAAGCACCACAUGGAAGAAUCCACUGAACAGCAAGGAGGCAAAUUUGUUGAUGCCAAUGAUGAUCAAUGUACUCACUUAGUAGUAGAAGAUGGAGUGAAGGAACUACCGACUGAUAUAAGUGGGACAAGAAAAUUAUAUAUUGUCAAGCAAGAGUGGUUCUGGGCYAGUAUUCACAUGGAUGGGUGCGCGGACGAGUCUCUCUAUCCMUUCACUGCUGCGCCACGUGACCAAGUCGCCAAGCAGAAGACCCCAUCAAGUAACGGACGAAAGAGAAAGCGGAAGAAAGUCAAGGAAUCGGACAUCAGCGACCUACUCUCUCCAGACUCCCCUCUCUUUAAGAAUAAGAGGAAGAGUGGUGACUUGUUAUCUGUUUCUGGAUCUCUACUUGACUACACGCUUUUAUCACCCUCAACACCAGGACGAGGCGAUGGGACACCCAGUGGAACAAUUACGCCUCUUAGUACACCCAAACCCCUUCCCUCAGCAAGACAACAAGUUACAAUGGAGCUACUCCAAACAGAGAAAAACUAUGUAGGAAUACUCACUACUAUACUUAAGGUUUUUAAAGAACCAUUAGAGACUGACCCACGCGGUCCCAUCAUUCCAAGCGAGAGAAUCAAAACCAUAUUUGGAAGUCUUCCUGACAUCCUUGAAGUCCAUACCAAGAUUCUAAGUGAAUUAGAAGAGAUUCUAUCAUCAUGGUCAGACGAAAAGUGUAUAGGAAAAGUUAUCCUUAAUCAUGCUGAUGUACUGUGUAGAGUUUACCCGCCRUUUGUCAACUACUUYGAGAUGUGCAAAGAAACAGUUACCAAAUAUGACARAGAAAACCCUCGCUUYCACGCCUUUCUUAAAGCCUGUCUAAGUAAGRCAGAAUGUGGACGACAGUCAUUGGCUGAAUUACUGAUUCGACCUGUACAGCGGUUACCUAGCAUGAAUCUAUUGUUAUCAGAUAUUCUGAAGAAAACAGACAARAUGAAUCCUGACUAUGUCACGUUAAUGCAAGCAAUCGAUGCACUCAAGAAUGUCAUGAUGCACAUCAACGAAGAYAAGCGUAAAACAGACGGUCAAGUUCAGAUGUUUGAAAUACUACGAGAUGUCGAUGGAUGUCCUGCGUACAUCCUAUCAUCCCAUCGUAGUUAUGUAACGAAAGCAGACACGUUUGAGCUGGGAGAUGGUUUAUGCGGUAAAGGCGAACCGGUCACGAUAUUCCUGUUUAACGAUAGUCUCGAGAUGACCAAACGGCGUGGUAUUAAGAUGAAUCGUGCUAUGAAAAGUCCUGCWGCUGCACGAACACCACAGAAAGCAUACAAACACGUCGAGUUUAUACCUUUGUCACACGUCAGAAGAGUGGUCGAUAUAAGGGAUAAUGAAGAUUGUCAGAAUCUAUUUGGUAUUAUCUACCGUGCCUCUAAUGAUAUGAAAGAAAAGCUGUUGAUGUUUAGACUUAUCAGCGACGAUAUCACCAAAGACGAAUGGCUUCAUAAACUCACCAUGGGGCUAGCCAAUACUGCYUGUACUGCUGAUACUGAAAACUUUGUGACAACAGUGGACCCUCAAGAGCUUAUGAUCAGCAAAAGUGAUUUCUCGACGGGUACUCUGGGUAAAGCCUUGAGAGUGGCAAAGCGAACAACCAGGAAAGUAAGUCGAGCGCUAUCAAUGAAUAAAACACCACGAAAGAAUGGAAUUGUGAGACGGUCAUCGUCAAGCGUUACCCCAAAAGCCGAUCUAUUCGCUAGUGCCAGUCCGCUACUAACAUCAUCCAAGUAUAAYCAAAAUCUACCAUUAGGGGCACGGGGUCGAGCAAUGAGUGUUUGUGAGGGACUGGAUUCAGAGCUAGUAGAAGUCGAUGUAAAAGUMCGAAGGUCGAUGUCAAUCAGCGAGGAACGUUAAGUGGMAUAUUKUACAAUACUGUUAAUACGAAGAAUUAUCGAGCAUCGCGGUCUACCUUUCCACCAUUGCGCCAGAAAUUASAACUAAUGCARUAAUAACAAAUAACGAUUCAGUCGUUAUGAUGAUCUCAAUGUCAACCAAUGGCUGCUCGACGAGGUUCGCCAUCACUUGUACCCAUUGUACUACGAUGCAAAGCUGACAAUGCACGCUGCUUUUUUCCCGUUUUCGUAGUAAAUUAUUUUUUUCCUAGCCAGCAUAAGAUGUCAGGUUUAUCAUGUCAAGAAAAUUUGUCAAAUGAAAAGAAGUUUGAAUUCUCAGGRGCAUCUGUCUUUAGCUUUGCAAGACUGUGAUGUAAAAUUGCAAUUUCUGGAACAAAAUUUAGAAACUGCUACGAGCGGCGGGAAAAAAACUAUAGUGUGCAUUGCGGGCAAUCUAAGAUGUUAACGUUUUUCGAAGCUUUCCUUCGUAGUGUUCCAAGGAAAUUUGAACGGUACAAAACAAUAUAAGGACAUGUUCUUAACUUUUUGUUGACCCGCAGUACCUAACAAGAAUAUGUAUUGAAAGGUGCGCGAAAGAAAAAAGGAAUGUGUAAUACUGUGCUUAUCUGUGGGUGCCUUUCGCUUGGAGAACCUCCCGAGCCCCUAGUAUAGUCAACUCUCGCCUUACGGACACUCUCCUCUAUAACGGACACCUCGAUAUUGCGGACAGUAAAAUACUASAAURCUAAAAUACAAAGAAAUGACUGAAUUAAAGUAACUCUCGCUACUGCGGACACUAAAUUACGGUCCCGGGGAUGUCCGUAAUAGCGAGAGUUGACUGWAUUGAGCAUUGAAAAAAGUGUAAAUAUACAGCGAUUCUUUUUAUACUGUGUAGCGAUAGUACAUGAGCAAUUGAUUGUUGAAAUAUUAGAUUAUCAUAGUUAUAUAAGAUAAAGAAAUGAGUAUUGGAUAUCUUCA